CUAGAAGGGCAGCGCCGAAAGGUCAGGGUCGAGGGUCCUACGCGAAGCCAGUCGUACAACAUCAGAUAAUGAGUGCAAUUGGACACGGCGGAAAUAUCAAGGUCUAGCACGCAUGUAGCUGUUUCAGUGUAAAGGUUGGAUACAUCUCCUCGGGAUUUGGAUCUAGUUAAGCGCGCCCUUCCCUUCAGAUUUAUAGGCGAUAUACUGCACUACCUUACCUCGAUAGAGUGCCUAGCUGGAACUCAUUUGUUGAAUCCCCGCAUUGUAACAUGUAAUGAUGAUGUUAUCUACUCUCUAUAUAACUAGCGACACCAACCUAGAUUUGCAGAAGUGUCUUUGCAUGACAACACUAUUUUCUCGUUCGUUCAGCUGUUUAUUUAGAAAAUCGAAGGGCCAAUACGUAGAACAAAGAGCAUCAGCGUAGGAGACCUAGGCUGAAUCUUCUAAGCGGGUGCUGAAAACCUCCCAUUUGGACCUCGCCAAUCACUACAUCUCCCACAAUGGCGUCGACAGACAGGCAUCUCGUUCUAAUCGGCGUCGGUCCCGGGAUCGGACGCUCCGUGGCCUGCCUAUUCGCCUCAAAGCGGUACAACAAGGUCACGUUGAUCGCGCGGCGCGCAGAACAACUCAAGAUCGAACAAGCCCAAAUAGAGGCCGCCACAGAAAAGUCCCAUUCCGUCACGGUGAAGACAUACGCAGUAGACAUAUCCGAUCACACCGCUCUCACCACCACCCUCAUUGAUGCGGAAGCUAGCCUCGGCAAGCCGGAGUGCGUCUACUUCAAUGCGGCGCGGGUGAUACCGUCUCAGUUACUUACCCACGACGUCAAGGACGUCGAAUACGAUUUCAAACUCACCGUGUCUGCUCUAUACGUCACCGCGCAGUGGGCGAUGCCUUUACUCCUCGACCUCGCCAAGGUAGAUCCUUCAGCACAGCCAGCCUUCGUUGUGACGGGUGGGUUGCUUCACGUCGAGCCAGAUCCCAAAUUAUUCGCCUUAUCCUUAGUAAAAGCCGCUCAGCGUAACCUAGUGCAAAGCCUAGCUCUAUCGUACGGCGCCUCAGGCGUACGCAUAGGCAUGAUUCUAGUCUCCGGGGUCGUGGGACCUGAAGAAGAAGAGCUGAAUCCGGCGAAUAUUGCACAGAAGGCGUGGGGAUGGCUUUCCAACGGUGAUGCCGAAGCUCCUUUCGAGAUAGUUAUUUGAUGCGAAGAACCAGCCUUGGAUUAACGCCAUCCAUCGUCAGACCUGCUCAAAAAAAAAAAAAAGGCCGUCCGAAUUAGAAAAUGAGGGCGGUUGCAGAAAAACACAUGUUCAGAAGUUAUACAUAGUGAAAGCGGGAUAGGGUUAAGUUGAGAACUGAGAUUCUAUGAAACGCGUUACUGCUUCACCGGAGAUUGGGCAAUAUUUAAAUACUUUAGCUACAUCCUAACUACCAUCGUCUCUCAAAUAAGGUAACUUCAUAUAACAUCUCAUAAGAUAAUUAAUUACCUUUUAAUCCAC